AUGGCGCGCCACCGCCGCCCCUCUACAGCCUCCAGCCGUUCUACGGAACGCGCCAUGCCCGCCUCUGGCCAGGAGAUGGCGAGUAUGUACGACUACCUCGCCAAGAUUAUCCUCCUCGGUCCCUCAGGCUGCGGCAAAUCCUGCCUCUUGCAUCGCUUCGUCAAGAACGAAUGGCGCGUCCUCACGAGCCAAACCAUCGGCGUGGAGUUCGCGAGCAAGAUUGUGAAGAUAGGCACGCAGGGGCGGAGGAAGCGGGUCAAGCUACAAUUGUGGGACACGGCUGGCACGGAACGGUUUCGCAGUGUGAGCAGGAGUUACUAUCGGGGUGCGGCCGGCGCGAUUUUGGUGUACGAUGUCACAAGCCAGCAGAGUUUCGCGCAAUUACAGACUUUCUUGAACGAUGCCCGUGCUUUGGCCAGUCCAUUGUUGACGGUCGUCCUGGUUGGAAACAAGGUCGACUUGGCUGAGCCUGGCGGACCGCAGGAUCUGCUGGAGGAUGAGGUACCGAGCAGUGUUCCUUCAACGCGGUCGAGUACGUUGGGUGUAGGCCUUGGGUCGCAGCAGAGAGCCACAAUCUCGUUGGCUGGACGCGCGGUAUCGGCUGCGGUUGCGGCCAACUGGGCGAGUCAGAAUCGCAUAGCGGCUAGUAUGGAGGUCAGUGCUUUGUCGGGAGAGGGUGUCGACGAGGUGUUUCAUAAGCUGGCCAGGACGAUUCUGACGAAGAUUGAGCUUGGCGAGAUCGAUCCGGACGAUCCCAUGAGCGGAAUACAGUAUGGCGAUGCGGACUAUCAUCGGUAUGAUGAUGGAUCGAGCAUUAAAAGCGGGCUCACGUCCGACGGCUAUGGUGCCGCGAGAAAGCGGAGGCCGAAGGGCGGGCUUCGUGACUGGAGUGAUGUGUUUAGAGUUGGGAGGGCAUCUGGAAGCGGCCGGGGAUGUUGCUGAUAUGAGUAACCGGCUAUGGGUUUUGGUGCUAGCGAGGCGUUCCUGGCGUUUGGGACGAUACCCUUUCAGCGCGCUUGUAAGGAGCGAUUGUACGCGACGUUGAAGCGGUCGAGAAGAGAGCGCGAAUGUACAGAUUUACAGUACGAACCUGAAGACUAGAGACGCUGCAACUCACACGGUAUGAUCUGUGGCAUUCGCUGGUCAUUUGGACGUCGAUGCUCUCGGAGUUCUUGAUAUGACUUGCCCCUCAUUGCCCCGCGGCGAUGGGCAUCUCCAGCGAUAAGUUUGACGACACCGGAUCUUGUUGCACUCCAACCUCAUAACCUUCAAGCUAAGUGAGUCUGGCGUCACAA